AUGAUACCCUCUGAGCUUCGCUAUUGGUGUGUUGCACGGCCGGGCCACAAGCCUAGCCACACUUCCGACGGGGAUGAGGUUGGCCUGACGUGCUGGAUUCGCAACCUGCCAAAAGGAACUCCAGAGAAGGUCCUGAAGCAGUUUGUCAAGGAUGAGGCGGGUUUGGAACCAACAAAGGUGGAGUUCAGCGAAAAGUUCGGCAAAGACGCGGCAAGAUUGAGCUUCGAAACUGAGCAGGAUGUGAUCGUCGCCGUCAAAAAGCUCAACGAGAAAAACUUCGGCCAGGGAAAGGUGACGGUGUCGGUGUCGUUCGCAUGUGGCCGGAAGCACGCGCGCAAGCCACUCCGUUGUUGCAAUGAAAGCAUGGUUCCUUGUCAAGGUGCGGAUGGGAAAUGCGCUGAUUACAUCUGCGUGCGCAGCGACGAGAAGUCAGGGAAGAUUUGUGGGAAGAAGUUCUUUGAUCCGCCCGCACGAGUGGAAGAAUGCAAAAAGUGCGGGGGCGGCCCAGAGUUUAUCAAAUUCUGCGGUCGCCGUCGCUUUAUAUGCAAGCAAUGCAACUACAGGAUGGAGGAGGCUGAUUAUUUUGGCAAGGGGCACUGCUGCAAGGGCCACAUGGUGCAUGAUUUGCAGAACAAUCAAGCUCCCUACGAAUGUGGGACUUGUCUUGUGAAAUACAGCAGAUCGGGGGUGAAAUGCUGCGGCUUGCCAGUUCAAGCUACUGCCAGAUACGUUUGUUUGGGCUGCCGAAAGGAAUACUUAGAGAACGCUGGAGUGUGUGGAAGCUGUAAUCAACAACCCGUGGCUUUGAGUGGUAUUUGUGGCAGUUGUGUGCAACCCGACCCUUGCAGUUCAUCGGGGAAACGGCGACCUACGUUGCUUCCGAUCAACACGUCCGGCCGCACGGACGCCAGCGAGAUGGAGGUGCGACAGGAGGACAUUGACCACUUGAAUGAGCAGAGCCUCGUGGAGUCGGAUUACACGGUGAGUGUCGAAGCCAGGUCGCUACCUCCAUCCUUUAAGGCGAGUCAGGCCUGUGACCUGGAAAUCUUAUCAUGUCUGGCGCAGAAGGGGAACGAUGUCCUGCUGCGGAGCAAGAUUGCCCAAGCAGUGAUCUCCAUUGCAUGGAUACAAUUUCGGCUGCACACAGCUCUAGAGAUUGUCCUCCAAAUGUUGGUGGUACUGGCCCUGGCCAUCUGCUCCUUCGAAGUGCGUUAUGAACGAACCCCCGUCGGUUGGCUGAUCUUUCUCAUCGUUCUGCAUGCGAAACGACGCAGGGCUACGUCAUGCUACGUCCCCGAGUUGGGGACGGGAGGAAUGAAGAAAGUGUUGGCAGAACUCUUUGCUCUGGACAAUUUGACAGACGUGCUCUUCAUCAUCGUCGGAUGGUUCGCGUUGAUUCGGCGCCUGGCCUUGCCUCCCGGCAUCGAUGCCUGGAUGGCAGCGUUUUGUGCCUGGAACUGGCUGAAGCUGCUCUACAGCCUCCGCGGUGAACUCUGGAACCUCGGCCCUGGCGGCCCCGGCGGCCUUAGGAUUGGGCCACGGCUCUUGCCAAUUUUCUUUGCUCUGCGAGAGUCCUUGGGUUUCUUCUUCGUGGUAUUUAUGGCUGUAGCUGCCUCGUCCCACGCGUACUACGACCUGCAGCUGCGCAUGGAAGCGGCCGAAGUGGUGGCCGGAAAGUGGUACCGGCCCCUCUUCGAGGCAUACACGGCGGAGCCUUGGUUUGAAGGAUUGGAUCCCAGCUUGGAGCGAGAUCAGUGGGACAACGUCACGGGAAUCUUAAAUCCGGUGGAUCCUCCACCCAGCCCCGACGGGGUGUACAUCUUUGCUCAUUUGCUCUUCUUCGUCACUGGCGUGGGCGUCACGGUGCUGUUGAUGAACCUGCUCAUUGGCAUCCUAAGUACUGACUUCGGAUUCUAUGAGCAGAAAUCCUCGGAACUCUUCAACCGCGCGAGAGCGAAGAUGAUGAAGGAGAUUGGCAGCCGGCCAAGUACCCUUGUGCUUCAAUCUGCCUGGGCUCGGUGGCUGAAACUUGCCAGCAUGGCGAAGCAGAAAGAUAUCACUGGAGCAUCCACCUGUGUGCCGAUGCUCCUUAAGUGCGCGGCACAGCCUUUGCAGCUCGUGCUGGGAAAGGAAUCCUUUCAACUGCUGGUGGAGACUCCCCUGGUGCCCUUCGUGCGAUAUUCAGGUCCCGGCCUGGUGACGCUUCUGGCAGUGCUUUUAUCUCCUGUGAUCUUUGUGCUCUCGCUGGCGAUUUUGAUCAUUUCGCUGAUCCCUGCAGUGGCUUUGCGCGUGACCGCGCUGCGACAUUUGCUCAACGGUGGCUUGGGUGUCCGUGCGGACGACGCCAACAAGUCCGCAUGGUUUGCCAGUCAGUGCGGCAUAGUGGUGCUCUACGGGGGUGACCCUGAUAGUUAUAGCGGUGCACGGAAAGCCUUCGAGGCGACGCGCGGGGAGCUCCGUGAGACGCACACUUCUUUGGUGGAGCAAGCCGUCAAGCUCCAUGAGCAGGAGUGCAGGUCGUUGAUCUCCAUCAAGCACCACCUGGGAAUGAAACUUACCGACGAUGAAAGAGACUUCCUUCCACUGGGAAUGGAACUUACCGACGAUGAAAGAGACUUCCUUCCAUACGGCCGCGACAAUUCUGCGCGCCGCGGCUGCAAGAGGGAUAUUCAUGAGGGUAUUGACGCAAACCCUGUGAAUGAGAAGAAUUCCAGGUUUGUUUCUUCAGCCAUGUCCUCUUAUGGCAAACUGCCUCCUGCACCGCCGACGGAUCCAGAUCCAAGGUCUAGCAGCGACUUCGAGACCUUUGCGCAGUUGCAGCAGGAAAAGAUGGGCAAGAUGGAUCGCAGGUUGGAUGAUUUGCAUGCUGGUCUUGAUGUGGCAACUGAUAGGUUGACCUGGGCUUGCCAAGCCCUCUACAAAACCAGCACUCAGAUGGAAGAACUUCAAAGGUCACACGAGCACCUGGUGGGCUACAUGGAACGGCGGCUAGUUGGCUACUUAGGAGAGCCCGGCGGCCUGCGGAACGCAGGCAUGGAGAGCUUUCCCACCACACAGCGGCGGACCUCACCGGUGUACCAACCUGUUUACGGCUUCCAGGGCUCACCUGUGUACCCCAUGGAGGAUGCAUCCCAUGAGGGAGAUGGAUGGACAGAGGCAGGGAUCACCGACCAACCCAAAUGGAGCCGAGAUGCUCCAGCGUAUCCCAGAGUAAAGAAUUAUGUGCACUGCAGUGGCAUCAAAGAUGUCGCUGCAGUGAAGAAGACCCUGGAACUCUGUCAGACGCUGAACAUGAGGCAUAAGGCGGAGAAGUUUGAGCCGCGGCCGGAGCCCAGCGGAGAGGAGAGCCGAAUUCCGAGCCGAGAAAAAUCAGAGCGGGGGGAGGAAGGAACCUCGCAGCCCAGCCGUCGAAGGCGCCAAGAGGCGCUGUGCUUCUUUGAUGGUGCCAAUCUCCUCGACCUGUGGUUGGAGGCCCUUUCGGCAGCAGGAAAUGUCGAUGUGCUCAAUGGUUUCCCCUUUGCUUUCGAUGGACUACCACAACAAGAGGCCCUUGAUGCUAUCUCCAUGGCAUCAGACUUUGCAGAUGCAGGGGAGGCGUGCAAUGCUGCGGAGCGCUCGGUGGAGGUGAGGCAGGCCAUUAGCAUUGUGGGGGGAAAGCGUUUCCUUCGAAAGGCUAUCUUUGUCAAUGGCCAACAUGGAUAUUCUGAGCAUCAGGAGUUGACUUAG